AUGCUUUCAGUAACCCUCCUGGUCGUCCUCUUUGCUGUCACUGUUUCUGUAACUUUGGAAACCUCCCUACCGCCGCCUCUACCACCACCAUUUCCACCGGAUGUACCACCAGGAUUUGAUAAGGUUUUACCACCUGAAACUUUAGCCCGUCUACGUCAAAUUCAUCGUGAUGACAAACUAACAUGGAAGCAAAAAGAAGAAAAAAUUGGGGCAAUUCUUAACCAACUGCCAGAUGAAAUCUUGGAUAAACUACCACUACCACCCGAGUUCGACCAUUUACCAGACGAUGCAAAGAAAAAAAUUCGUGAAAUAGGCAGAGAUCGACAGCUAACGAUGGCCCAAAAGCAUCAGAAAAUUUCUUCAGUCAUUGGUGCACUACCACCUAACAUACGACGCCUGAUCCCACCACCGGUGCCACCACCAGUAUUUGACCAACUUCCAGCAGAAGUCCGGAAUCAACUUAAAGCGGUUCUCAAGGACGAAUCGUUGAACUGGGAAGAACGCCAUCGGAAGAUUCAUGCAAUUAUGAAGUCACUUCCAGAAGAAGUCGUUCGUGCUUUGCCACGACCACCACCACCACCACCACGACCAUCAGUGUAA